UCACGGUAUGUGCUCAGGCAAUCUACAGCAAAAUUGGAGUUAUUAGAUUAAAUUUCAAACUGAAAAUCAUUAGUACCAUGUGCAAGAUCAUUCUGGAGUCACAUGUCGUUACAAAGAAGAUCACGCCUACUCUUAACAGUAAUCCACUUAGUUAUUUAUGAAUCCAUUAGCCCCGAUUAAGCAAGUUAUUUUGUUAAUCGUUCCGAGGCUGUAUUAUGUUAAUGUCGCAUAGACAUACAAGGCGUACAGUUAUGGAAUUAUAGGGCGCAUGCGUCUAAAUUAACCACGCGAGAUGGGAAGCCUUUCAAAGGGCACGUUCUAAUAAAAGAUAAAAGUUUCAGUAGUUAAGCUUCUCAGCUUGAAAUCGAAGGAAUCGUGAGUUAUGUGGAUCGAAAUCUCCCCGAGUUAUGUGGAUGUGAAUUGACUUGUUUACUUUAGAGAGCCGGCGGGAUGGUCUAUCGUUAAGUAGACGAGUGACCCGCUAGCCUAACCUCUUCCGAAACACUUCAGUGAUCGCGGAGCCGUUCCGUUACCGCCUACAGCGCCAACCAGCCCCCGAACGCCGCUGCUCAGCGAUUGGACUUCGUAUGUACAGCUCCUCAGGAAGGAGGAACACGUACGCACGCACGUACUCUCAUAUGCUCGCAAUUGAGUGAGCGCAACCCGAGUCGUAUUUUGACAACGGUGGCAGAACGUUGGCCCAGUCUCGGCUGAUUUUGUUAAAGGUUUCUACAAGUCGGCUUCAAGGAAGAGUUUUGACACCACUUAGACUCAAUUGCAUCCGAUUUCUUUUGCAUCACAUAGGCCUCAUCGUCCAGCAAAAUGCGUCUGUGUCUGAUCGUGGGGUUACUGGCCAUCGCAUCUUCAGGCUGGUGUCAGAGUGAGGAGGAGGGCACCGAGGAACUUCCACAGGCGGAGCCCUAUCGACAGACGAUGAGGAACUCCUUCAACAGGCUAGGAGGAGGAGGAGGAGGAGGUGGUGGUGGUGGAGGGGGAGGAGGGUCAGGAUCGAAUCCUUCUGCAUCCUACGAUCUGAGCAAGACUUUCAAUUCUAUGAUACGGAAGAAUGCAGAUUCGCAGCGUGAUACAGACUAUGAGCCUUAUGCCAGCGAGAGCGGAUACGGCGGAGGGGGAGGAGGCGGCUACGGAGGUUACGGAAGUGAGAGCGGUUACGGCUAUUCUCUGACUAAAUACGUCGACUGCAACUCGGCCAUUGCUAUUCUCAGCCUUAUCCUCUUCCUAGACAUACUAAGGGACAUCGUGGAAGACCUGACGCAGUCCAACAGCGGGAGGAAGAAGCGGGAAUCCUCCUCCAUAGAACAGUUCAUCCUCGACGGGGGAGUUGAGGCUCUGGUGGAAGGAAUCCCAGAUGUCGUCGUUCCUCUUUUGUACGACCUGAACGACGCCGUCAACAACGAGGACCCCUUCGAAGGCGAAGACACCGUUAGUGGCAGCAACAGCAGCUGCGUGGCCGAGAGCCUCUGCCAGGCCAACUGGCACCUGAAUGCCCGUUAUGGCGGGAUGGGGCGCGUUGUCGGUGCGCUUCUCUCCAACGUCGUGGCCAAGGCUUUCGUCGGGGAAGAGCCUUCGCUUUUCCAAAAGGCGCUGGAGGCGUCGAAGUGGGGUCGGAGAGGGGCGUCUUGCAAGGCCGUGUAUCCCUGCCGGAGGAAGGACGAGAACUCGACCAGCGGACCAUACUGACUUUGGAGUUGACGGAAAGGUGGUCUGUUUCAGAUAUGGCCGGUAAUAAAGUCACAGGGAUAAAUGUUACGGGAAACAAAGUCACAAGUUUGACUAGGAAAAAAUUUCAUAAAAAAAUAAAAGAAGUCACAUUAAUUUAUGGUGGCCGGUAAUAAAGUCACAGGGUGAAAAUUCACAAUAUUUCUUUAUGAUAUUUAUAGUCUAUUGCUAUAUUUUUAUACGGCAAUCCCCAACGGGCUUGUACUAAACUCCCCAAAAGGGUUAGAACCCUUUUGGGGGUCACUAUCUAGAAAAGAUUACUGUGGUCUUUUUUUUUUUUUUUUUUUUUUUUUUUUUUUUUUUUUUUUUUUGACGUUAUCUCUCGUGACAUUUUUCCCUGGAUUUGUUUCAGAUAUCUUACCGAUGUCACUGAGUUCUUAAGAAAGUAUAAAUUACUUAAUGUAAUUCUCGGUGUAAUUUCAGCAACUGUGCUACGUGUUGUAGCACCCAGAGGCAAUUACUUUAUCAUUACAUAGAGCUAAGUAAUGGAAGUAGGCCUACUUUUCAUUGCAUACAUUAGGAUGAUACAAGGUGAUGAAAUGAAAAGUCGGCCUACUCUCAAUAAGCACACUAUGUAAUGAUAAAGUACUUGCUUCUAGAAGCUAUUUCAUAUAAUGCAAUUAUUAAAAGUACACCAAGAAUUACAUUAAAUAGAUUUUAUAUUUUAUUAAAUUAUUAUUUUCGAGGCUACAGUUCCCCGGAAGUCUUUGUACGCCCCAAAAUUUAUGUGACUAACUACAGCCAUCUAGUCUCAUUAUCAAGGGCAUUAUAGGAGACAAUGAAUCAUUUAACUCAGUGGUUGCCGAACUUUUCAUCUGCAGUGUUACAUUAUAUAGUAAUUAUUUGUUUUAAUUACCAUUCACUUCUUAUAUCAUUAUCAAAAGCACUCAUUAUUAGUAUGUUAAGCUGAACAAGAGUAUAAUAAAAUUGU